AUGCCGUUAGCUCCACUCGGAGAUCCGUUCGGUUUGACACCGGCGAAUGUGAAUGUGACACCAUCGCCGGAGCAACCGAUUAAGCAGAUGGCUGGUAAGUGCUUCGACGACAGCGGCGUCGCAUGUGAUGACUCGGCGGACAGCUUAGCCGAAAUUGACAUUAGCGAGGUCCGAAAAUGUGGUGAGAAGGCCGAUGCCAGGCAGUUUGAACUGCUUAAGGUACUCGGCCAAGGAUCAUUCGGCAAGGUGUUCCUUGUUAGAAAAAUACGUGGUCGUGAUACUGGUCAAAUCUACGCCAUGAAGGUGCUCAAAAAAGCAACUCUCAAAGUACGUGAUCGACUACGAACGAAAAUGGAGCGCAAUAUUCUUGCGCAUAUUUCGCAUCCGUUCAUUGUUAAACUACAUUACGCCUUUCAAACCGAAGGUAAACUUUACCUGAUACUGGACUUCUUGAGAGGUGGAGACCUGUUUACGCGGUUGUCGAAAGAGGUCAUGUUCACCGAAGAGGAUGUGAAAUUUUAUCUAGCUGAACUGACCCUGGCACUCGAGCACCUCCAUUCACUCGGAAUUGUGUACAGGGAUUUGAAACCAGAGAACAUUCUACUCGAUGCCGAUGGUCAUAUCAAGAUCACCGAUUUUGGCCUGAGCAAGGAAUCGAUCGAUAACGAAAAGAAGACCUAUAGCUUUUGUGGAACGAUCGAAUACAUGGCUCCGGAGGUGAUCAAUCGCCGCGGCCAUUCGUGCGCUGCUGAUUUCUGGUCGCUGGGAGUUUUAAUGUUCGAGAUGCUCACUGGUCAUCUGCCAUUUCAAGGCCAUGACCGAAAGGACACGAUGACGCAAAUCCUUAAAGCCAAACUCACCAUGCCUCAAUUUCUUUCGCCGGAAGCCCAGACACUGCUACGAGCGUUGUUCAAACGAAAUGCCGUGAAUAGGCUCGGGGCUGGGCCGGACGGCGUCGAGGAAAUCAAACGACAUCCGUUCUUUGCGUCCAUCGAUUUCGGUCAAUUACUGAACAAGGAGAUCUCCCCACCGUUCAAACCUGCUGUGACAACGAUCGAUAGUACGCUGUAUUUUGAUCCUGAGUUCACAAAGAGAACCCCUAAAGACUCACCAGCAGUACCACCGUCAGCUGCCGCUCAUGAGCUAUUCCGUGGUUUUUCGUUUGUCUCACCAGCGGUUGUUGAGGAAGAGAAAAAUGAAGGAAAGAAAGUACGAACGAUUCCCACAGCGAAAACACAUCCGAUCACCGAUGACUACAUCAUUAAAGAGGAAGUCGGUACCGGCACAUUCUCAGUCGUUCGUCGAUGCGUCAUGAAAACAACGAAGAGGGAAUUUGUUGUGAAGAUCAUCAAAAAAUCGGCUUGCGAUCCAUCUGAGGAGGUGGAUAUCCUGCUGCGUCACGGUCAUCAUCCACACAUUGUAAAGUUAUUCGACGUGUACGAAGAUGACGUCUACGUGAACCUCGUUCUGGAGUACUGUAGAGGAGGCGAGAUGUUGGACAGAAUUCUUUCCAAGAAGACAUUCACCGAACGAGAAGCGGCCGACUCUAUGAUGAACUUGGCCAGCGCUGUCUGUUACCUCCACUCCAAUCAGGUGGCACAUCGUGAUCUAAAACCGUCGAAUAUCAUGUACGCUUCAUCGAGUGGUGAGGCGGAUUCGUUAAGGAUCAUCGAUUUUGGAUUCGCCAGCCAAUCCAGGGCCGAGAAUGGUAUGCUGAUGACUCCAUGCUACACGGCUCAAUUCGUGGCGCCGGAGGUCCUGAAACGGCAAGGUUACGAUAGAUCCUGCGAUGUAUGGUCGUUGGGUGUGUUGCUGUACGCGAUGCUAUCCGGGCAGACCCCGUUUGCGAUGGGACCAAGUGAUCCGGCGGACGAGAUUCUGAAACGUGUCGGCGAAGGACGAGUCGUUAUGGAAGGGAAACCGUGGUUGGAGAUUAGCGACAGUGCUAAGGAUCUCGUUCGUAAACUUCUCGACGUCGAUGCUUCUAAAAGACCGACGGCCAAGCAAAUUCUUCAACAUCCGUGGAUCACGCAUAGAAACAGUAUUCCAACAAAUACGAUAAUGAACAACGUGUACAAUGUGGAGUCGGUGAAGGGUGCUCUGGAGCAAACCUUCCACGCGCUAACCACCACAAGUGCCGUGAAUCUGCGGCCGGUGAACGCGUCGGCGCUCGCCAAACGACGUCUCACUCAACUGCCAAAGAUGGGGAUAUGCUCGUCCUGA